AUCGAAAAACAAGUGGUCAUAAAAUCAAAUUGAAACCUCGGCUGGAGGAUUCCCAGUAAGAAGUUGGCAUAAAUUUAUUCUUUGGCAGUUGCAACAGUUAAAAAGAACUAAAAAUGCCGGCAUGUCUGCGCUCCCUUAGCUCCAGAUGCCUUCGGCAGCUACUGCGCCCACUGGGUCGUCAUCUCGGAUCGUACAGCAAGGCGGUGGUGAUUGCGGCUGCCGUAAGAACACCGAGUGCUCCCUUUCGGGCGGAGGAGCAGCGUCUGGCGGGCCUAGUUGUGGACGAACUGGUCAAACGCACCAGCGUGCCACGCGAGGAGUACAACAAACUGAUUGUUUGCUCCUCCCUCAAGACCCCCGCUCCAGAGUGCAGGGAUCGGCUUUCCAGCGUGGCCCAGGAGUUGGGCCUGAAGUGUGAGACACUAGCCCUGCAGGACGAUGUCUGCUCCAUCAGCGGUCUGCAGAUGACGUUGGACUGCCUGGAGCGCGGCGAAGACCAGUGCAUUAUUACGGGGGAUACCCGCUGCCAGGUUGUCCAGCCGGAGCACGGCGUUCUGUCCAACGAGCUUAUGGCCGUGCAGCAGCCCCGGUCUCGCAAGCGAGCUGGAACUGAACUGGCCACUGAACCUGAGUUGACGCCAACGCUAGGAGCUGCUGCUUUGGCCUGGACAACUUUGCAGACGGCCCAGCGUCUAAACCUGCAACCGCUCGCCCUGCUACGAGAGUUCGCGGUAGAGCAGGAUCACGAGCAGACUAUGUACCGCCUGGAUGGAAGGGAACCCGUGACGCCCAGUGAUAUCUACACCUGGAACAUGGUCACAGGCACGCAGAAGGGAAUACCAGAAAGCAUACUUGGGGAUUUACAUGCCAACCGCCUGUGCACGCACGAUUUCAAACAAAUCACGGCCAGUCACCUGCUAACGCAUCUGGUUCAUUCUCUACCUGCAGGGGGACUGGGUUGCGCCUUUAUGGGCACAACGGAUGGCCGCUCCAUGGCCAUGGUCCUUGAGAAGCUGGUGCCUAGCAUAGAUCAGGUGGAGGGCCUCCCGUUGCUGACUUUGUAUACCAAGGACCCCUGCCCGUUGUGCGACGAGCUAGUCCAGCAGUUAGAACACGGCUUUGCCGGCAGAUACCGUCUGGAGAAGGUUUACAUCGACCGGAAGGAAAACGUUAGGUUCCUCCGCCUUUUUAGGCACGACAUUCCUGUUCUGUUCUUCAACGGCCAGUUCCUAUGCAUGCACCGGCUGAACGAGGAAGCUCUAAUAGAGCGACUGGAGGCACUAAACUAGUCCAAAGAUCGUUAAGAAGAUUGUAAACAAACAAAAUUGAAGUCAGUAACAAGAAAAUUCAUUACUUAAACUCUA